AGAAGCCAUAGCACAGCCUUCUGGUCAUCUGUCAAAAGAAACCGUACCAGACCACCUCACUGAAGGCAGCUCCAAGUUGGUCUGAGCUACUAUCAUUGAUCGGUUGUUUCAGCCAUGAAUUGUUGACAGAGAACCCAAUUGGAUUGUUUUUUUUUUUUUUUUUUUUUUCACUCUGCUGAAAGCAAAUAUCUAUCACAACUAGAUCAGCUGGAAAACUGGAACCAAUGGCCUUCUAAAUUCUGUAAGAUCAACUUAAGAGUUACCUGCUAGGAAAUGGCUAAUGGAAGUCAAACCCAUGAUGGUGUGCCAGAAAACCUAAGGAAACAGCUUGCUGUUGCUGUGAGGAGUGUCCAGUGGAGCUAUGCAAUUUUCUGGUCACUGUCAACAACACAGCAAGGGGUACUGGAAUGGGGAGAUGGGUACUACAAUGGAGACAUCAAGACUAGAAAAACAGUCCAAGCGAUGGAACUUAAGGCUGAUAAAAUAGGCUUACAGAGGAGUGAGCAAUUGAGAGAACUUUACCUGUCUCUUUUGGAAGGUGAAACCGACCAACAACAAGCUAAGAGGCCUUCUGUAGCAUUGUCUCCAGAGGAUCUCUCAGAUGCUGAGUGGUAUUACUUGGUUUGCAUGUCCUUUUCAUUCAGUCCUGGCCAAGGUUUGCCAGGAACAGCAUUAGAAAAUGGUCAAACCAUCUGGUUAAGCGAUGCUCAAUAUGCGGAUAGUAAAGUAUUCUCUAGAUCUUUGCUGGCUAAGAGUGCAUCUAUUCAGACUGUUGUAUGUUUUCCCUAUCUGGGGGGUGUGAUUGAGCUAGGUGUAACUGAACUGGUCUCAGAGGAUCCUAGUCUCCUUCAACACAUCAAAGCCUCCUUAUUGGAGUUGUCAAAGCCUGUUUGUUCUGACAAAUCUUCUUCUGCUCCUCACAAAGCAGAUGAUGAUAGAGAUCCAAUGUGUGCCAAGGUUAACCUUGAAAUAAUGAAUACUUUGCCUUUGGAGAACAUAUAUUCCUCCACAGAAGACAUCAAGUUUGAUCAGGAAGGAAUCGGUGAAUUAGGUGGACAAAUCCAUGAAGAAAUCAACAUGGAUUCUCCUGAUGAAUGUUCCAAUGGCUGUGAGCACAAUUACCAGACGGAAGACUCCUUCAUGCUUGAAGGUGUUAAUGGUGUGGCUUCUCAAGUUCAGAGCUGGCAUUUCAUGGAUGAUGACUUAAGCAAUGGUGUUCAAGAUUCCAUGAAUUCCAGUGACUGUAUAUCUGAAGCUUUUGUGAAUCAACAAAAGGCUAUCUCUGUUCCCGCGCGUGGAAAUGUAAACCGCAGUCAUUUGCAAGAACUUCAAAACUCCAAUCAUGCAAAACUAAGUUCCUUGGAUCUUGAAUCUGAUGAUGACUUGCACUACAGAAGAAUUAUUUCUGCUAUUCUGGGAAGCUCACCUCAGUUGAUUGAAAACCCAUGUUUGCGCGAUCGCAAAUCCAGUUUUCUGAGUUGGAAAAAUGUAGCAAUUAAUGAUGCUCAUAGGCCACAUGUACAGCAGAGAAUGCUAAAAAAGAUUUUAUUCACAGUCCCUUUGAUGUAUGGUGGUUGCUCUCUCAGGUCCCCAAAGGAAAAUGGUGGAAAAGAUUGGGUGCGAAAAUUGAAAAGUGAUGAUAUUUGCAUAGGACAUAUUUCAGAUAAUAGAAGAGAGAAUGAAAACUUUCUGGUUCUCAGGUCAAUGGUUCCUUCUAUCAGUGAGGAUUCUUUCACUUUGACAAACUUCUCUACAUUUUUGUGGAAGUCUCAGAUUGACAAAGCAUCAGUUCUCAGUGACACAAUUAAAUACAUGAAAGUGCUUGAGGCAAGGGUAGAAGAGUUGGAAUCUUGCAUGGAUUCAGUAGAUUUUGAAGCAAGGGCCAGAAGGAAAUACCUGGACAUGGUAGAGCAGAUAUCAGAUAACUAUGACAAGAAAAAGAUUGAUAAUGGCAGGAAGUCUUGGAUAAACAAGAGGAAGGCUUGUGACAUUGAUGAAACUGACACCGAGCUCAACAGAGCUGUUCCCGAAGACGGCCUACCGUUAGACGUGAAAGUCAGCAUUAAAGAGCAGGAGGUUCUGAUUGAGAUGAGAUGUCCUUAUAGAGAAUAUAUUUUGCUUGAUGUCAUGGAUGCCAUAAAUAAUCUGCACUUGGAUGCACACUCAGUUCAAUCAUCCGCUCCUAAUGGCAUUCUGACAUUGACCUUAAAAUCUAAGUUUCGAGGAGCAGCAAUUGCACCCGUGGGAAUGAUCAAACGGGCGCUCUGGAAAAUUGCUUGCAAGUGUUGAGAAGCCAUAUUGAAGCUAGUUAUUAGCAACUUGUAUUUGUAGGAUUCCUCAGUUUAGCAGUCUUAGUUUCUUAGUUUUUUUUUUUUUUUUUUUUGGUGUAACGUAAUAGUUUUUGGAGAACUUUGAUAUCUACUCCCUAACAUGCAUUCCAUAACAAUCAGUUCUCAACCUUAAAAGAAGCCAAUAAGCUUUGGCCAAUGGCUUGUCUGAAUGAUGGAGAACCAAACCCUUCAAUGUAAUUUAUGUACCAUGAGCUAAUGUGUUGAACAUCUAAAUAAAUCACUCUAAUUUAUAUGGUAGUUUGUCUUUUUA